GCUCGGUCCACCAACUUCAUGAACAUCUGAUAAAAUCCACGACUGACGAACAUUCGAGCGUCAAACUCUCUCGCAAUCAUGUCUUCCCGAGAAGAAGUCACCCUUCCUGCGACACGCCCCAAAUCUCGAAAAUCAUUGGGCCAUAUCCCGUCUACCAGCGAGAUGGAUCAAGAAAAUGCGACGGCAGACCUUGGAGCUUUGGCAUCAGGGAAGAAAUCAAUGCCAAUAGAGAAACUAAGUAAGAAAUCACGGAGCAAGAGUAUUGGACCUGGAGGAUUGGAUGCGCUGAAGGAUACAUCUGGAAACAGGCGCAAAUCCGUAGCUUCUGUUCCCCACCCUCCUCCGAAAUCAAUCCUCAAACCGACAAUGCCUCCUCUUCGAGAGAUUCCAGCACAUAUUUCGACGCGCAAAGGAAGUCCGAAGAAAGCUACCCUGCCUCAGACCACCGAGAAACUCAUUGACUUCGACAUUGCCCCAAAGAUCACUGGCUCAGACAGUCUCCCAAAUCCCUUUGAAAUCGAUAGCAGUGUUGCCGUCAACGAAACGCGCGUUGCAUUGAGGACAGAGGAGGAUCAACAAGCCGCUGCAAGAGCACGCGAGGAGAAGGAAAGAGAAGAAUUGGAGAAAGAGGUCAUUUCACGCCGGGAUGCGCGAAGAAAAUCCCUCGCUAAUCGUCGAGUAUCGUUUGCACCUGAAGCCACACUGCAUACUUGGGAUGUUGUGGUCGAAUAUCAAGAUUCUACAACAUCCUCGAAUUCUACCCGACGAGCUUCAUCGGCAUCUGGUGGAUCUGCAGGAUCACCUCACCCAAAAUCAUCUGAUGCACCGAACUCUGAUCCUUCGGAACCACCGUCGACCCCACCUGAGCAGGUUGAAGAGGAUACGAUCACUGCAAGCCCCGCCGAUCAGCGCAAGAUGCAUCAGAAGAAGCGCCGGAGAAGCUCAGGCAUCCCUCCCAUGAAUUUCAAUAACCCCGAUGAUGAAGGUUUCUCUUCGAGUCCUUUUAGUGGAAGUUCUGCUGGUGAUGCCGAUGAAGUAAUCGAAGACGACUCAGCUAAUUCGAACAGCGACUCUGGAGAUGAUGAUGGAACAAUGAUGAGCCUUGAUGGAGGAGAAACCACAAAUAUGUCAAUGGCAUCGGUUAAUUCUGGUUCGAGUACUGGCUCAAGCACGCGGUUGGAAGAAGCGCUGAGAUUAGCAGCACGUCAAGCCGGCACACAAGGCAUUGAAUUUGAUGAACACGGAGGCGAAGUGGCAGAAGAGGAAGAAGAGGUUGUCGCCUCUUUUGCACCUUGGGCAAAGAAGAGCGCCAUCCAAAAUCUGGAAUCUGAACAGGAUCAGGAGAACCUGAAUCCUUACUCUCCAGCCUUCAAGGCAGGCGCUCCACCAGAAGAGGAAGACGAGGAGAUGACAAUGGACAUGACCCAUGCAGUGGGCGGCAUCCUUCCUGCUCAACAACCCGAAGAUGAUGAAAUGUCAAUGGAUGUUACUCGCGCAUUUGGAGGCAUCAUCACGAACGAAGCCUCGAAACCUACACGAAGAAAGUCAAUGGCAUCAAAUCGUCGACAAAGCACGCGCCGGAGAGCUUCAGACGAAACAACAGCAUUAGAAGACGCUACUAUGGAUCUCACAAUGGCAAUCGGAGGAAUCCAGCCUUCCCAAGAUGAGACAGUCUCCAAGGAUGAUGAAGACGUGACCAUGGAAUUCACAUCUGUUGUUGGUGGAGUGCUGUCGCAAUUCAAUCAACCGGCUAAGCCAGGCAGGAGACCAUCUGUGGCAAAACAGAGCAAACGAAGUCGAGAAAGUAUGGAGUCCAGCGCUGGAGACGAUACAAUGGACAUGACGCUUGCCAUUGGUGGAAUCAUGCCAUCAAUCACCGAAGCAUACACUGCUGAACAAGACGCAACUGUGGGUAUGGAUAUGACCACAGCUCUUGGUAGCAUAUUACCUCCUCAACGAAGCACUGGAAGCAGAUCCCAAGCAAAGAAGAUCAUGGAGAUGGAGACGGAUCUUGGCAGCUCACCAUUCCAAGCGGAAGUUCUCGCAAACUCACCGCCAAAGGUUACCGCCCCCACUCAUACAAUCGCUUCGGAAACUGGCAGCCCAAGUCUUGCAGCAUUCCGUGGAAAAGGACUUCGCCGUAGUGGAGAUGCUCGACCUUCAACGACUCCAAAGUCAAGACUUAGCGCUGGCGGGACACCCGUCAAGAAGCCAGCAACACCAUCGAAGCCACUUACUCCACAACCUCCUCGCCCAACAACACCAGGAAAGACUCCACCUUCUAAAAACGUUGCCGUGCGUACAUCUUCACCAAAGCGACUUUUCACAGAAGAGAUCAAAGCCUCAUCAGCAACCAAGAAGGCUGCCACUCCCAAUAAAUUAUUCCAGAAGGACAAAACCACCGGGCUUGCGACCCCGAGUUUUGUGCUCACCCCUCAACCAAGACGACCCUCUGGUAUUGGUCUCGACAAGACUGGACUUGGUUCUCCUUAUGUCGCUGCUCUGCUCGAUCGCAGAGGUUCAAUUGGAGAUCAAGCACGAUCAUUCGUUCCCAGCCAGCUUGAUCAGGCUGCUCAUGGCGUACGUUUCGAUGAUCCUCGUGCCAUGGAGGACGAAAUCGACAGAGAACGCGAGCUGGACGAAGAUCGAGAAAACGGUCGCAAGAUCAUGGAACGUGAAGCUGACCAGGGCGAAGAAGAGAAUGCAACUCUCAAUCUUAAGGAAUUGAUCCAGACCAUGACCCCAAAGAAGAAGCCGUUGAGAGGCCGGAAAAGCUUGCAUGUUGGUGCUGCUAAAGGCAUUCUUGGCAAGCGGCCUGCCGAGCUCGAUGAGGAUGAUGAUGAAGAGGACAACUCGGGGGUUAAGCGUCUGAAGAAUCACCAAGGUAGCCCUGUCAAGAAUGUCAAGCUUCAAGCGCCACCAACCAAGACCGGGACAACUACUGGACGCACGACUCGAGCGGCUCGAAAGAGCUUGGAUGAAACCAUCAACUCUUCCACAACCCCGACCACAAGUACUUCUCCAGAAAAGGCCAAAAUCACAACACCUCGUCAUCAAGGCCGCUUCAAGGAUGCAGAAGCACAGCCUCCAACUAAGCAUAUUGGCCCUCCAGUCGAGAAAGAACCCAUCGAAAACCCGGAGGUCGACGAGGAGAGCUUUGGUGAUGAUCGCAUCCAGCUGCAAGACUUCCUGAAUAUGACAAGCAUUCGCUUCAUGGAAUUGACGACCACCAAGCGCAGACACACUGUGGCACCAAAGGCUUCAGAGAAGGAGCCUGGGGAUGGAAAGCCGGUGUCGCUGGAAGACUGUGUUGCCGCAGGUGCUGCCACCAUCCCAAUGCUCGAGCUUUUCCAGCAUGCAUGCCAUGAACUCAAGCGCUCCAUCUCUGAAGGCCGCAAGACCGUUCGCGAGAUUGAGACCAAAACCUUUGAGGAGAACCCUCCUCUCUUUCGCGAGUACAUCUCGGCUACGCCUGACAUUAAGAUUGUAAUGGAUAAUCAAUUGAAAAAUGUCAAGACUCACUCCAGACUCUUGAGCAAAGGACUCUGGUACGACUGGAGAAUGACUCUUCUUGGGACUUUGAAGGAAGGUCUCUUCAAAACUGCCGAGGGAAUGAUCUCAGAUGAAGAGCUUCUUGACCAACAACAAGCAUUUCUCGAGUCUGUAUUGCCUCAGCUUAUCCAACAAGCCGAUCAACUCCAGCAACAAGAAGCAGACCUUCGGUUGGCGGCCGAGGAAAUCGCCAAUUGUGACCACGAGGAACUCAGCGACGCUCGCCAAAAGCUCAUCACUGCCGAUGCAGAUAUUGAUGCCAAGAAGCGUCUAAUUGCUGAGUUGAGAAAGCAGUUACAAGGGAAGGAAGCUGAAAUCGAAGCUGGCAACGAGAAGAAACAAGCAUACAUGGAAGAAAUUCGUGACGCUGAGAAGAUCAGAGAGGAGUGCAGAGGCUGGACUUCAAGCGAGAUCAGCGUUCUGAAAUCGAGAGUUGAUGCGAUCGAGAGGGAGCAUGGCUGGACUAUCACUGGUGUGUCCGGCACAACGACUUCUAUGACCUAUCGAAAAGAGAUCGAACUUGUCUUCGAUGCAUCCUCAUUCUUAUCAGCCAAAUCGAAUGCUGCUGGCAAGCGAUCUCAAAAUUCUCGCAUCGAUCUCUGGUACAUCGGUGCCAACCGAGAGCUGAAUCCUCGUCCAUUGACCGCAGAGAAGGAGUUCUUCCUUCAAAGUAUCCGAGAUUACAUUCGAGGACUACCUCAAGCCCAGACACCCGUUAAGGAUCUUCUCGCUGCCGUCAGCGUGUCAUGGAACAAAGCUACCACCGUUGUGGAUGAUAUCCGCCUGCUGAAUGUCAGCUCCCCUACCGAAAUCAGCAAAACAUCAGACGAGUCAAUUAUGAUCAAGUCGGCGCUCUUGAUUGGACCCUUGACGACAAAAGUCGAGAUUGCGUUCCACUUGACCAGUCGUAGCGGCGAGAAUGGCAUCGAUGUGGAGGUUUCCCCAAGCGCCACGGUUGUGUAUGGAGAACGCUUCAAUGAACCGAAGAUGGGAGAGUUCUUAUUGAACAGGUGUGGUGAUGCUGUGGAGGAGAAGGGUGCGGGCACGAAGUCGUCUUGGGGUGCUGCUGUCGCUGAGUUGGCGGAGAAGCUGCUUGCGCGAGGACGUAAAUAAUUUUGACAUUGAUGUUUUGAUGUGGAACACGAGGAGUUUGGGAAAGCAUGGGUUCUCGGAUAGUGUCAGGAUGGCAUUGGGGAGUUUGGAGUGAUACUAUGUAGGAGUUAUGAUCAAUGACAGCUUGUGAGAGAAGAACAAUUCUAUCACUAUAUUUCCCCAAUGUCAUUUGGUCCCAGUGCUCGGUUACGUCUCAUUGCAGUAAUAUAUCGCUUAUAAUUUGAGUAACAUGAC